AUGAUCAGCAAGGCCUUCCAGGGAGUGCAUGGGCGCGCCUACCUCUUCAGCGACGUGGUGAAUGUGACGCUGGGACCCCGCGAAGACCGGCAGUUCAUCACCGGGCUCCACACCGUGGCUGACAUCCAGUGCACCUCCUGCCACACCGUCCUGGGAUGGAAGUAUGAGGUUUCCUUCGAGGAGUCCCAGAAGUACAAGGAGGGCAAGUUCAUUGUGGAGAAGCAGCAAGUAAUGAAGGAGGGAGCCUGGUAG